CGUGUGCAGCCUGUUACAUGUGGUGUUUGUAUCUAGUGUCUGAUUAAUAAAGUUUAGGCUUGGAUUUUGAAGUAAGAAUUUGAUUUCCACAUGUAAUAUAAUUUAAAGCAAGAAAGCACUGUUGGCUGUUUGAAAAGGCACAUACAGUAGUGGAGGUUUAUAGCUGUUGAAGGAACCAAUGGGGGUAUAACAUGUCAGAGCAGAAAGUGGAGAGUAUAAUGAGAAGAAAAGAGGAAGAAAAAGGAGGAGCCGGCAGUGUGUGAAGGUACGGCAGACAGAUAGGAGGGCUCUUCCUGAGUGUGGCUGUUCUCUCUCUGCUUCUCCACUGCCAAGCUAUGGACUAAACCUGCACUGAUCUCUCUGGAGGAACAUUUGACCCACAUUUGAAGAUGAGCGACCAAGAGAGCAGCACGUCCACCUCUCAGACGGAGGGAGAGGUGGAGGGAGAGCUGGAUGAAGAGGUGGACACAGAGAUGGAGGGUGAAGGAGAAAACGAUUCAAAACACAGGGACAGUCCGCCUCUCCAAAUGUCCAGCUUCUCCUCCACUCUGCGUGCCGUCAUUCGGAUCAAACAGAAGUACCAGGUCCUGAAGAUGAGGCGUCAGGAGGCGGAGGGGAACGGGGCCCUCACAGGGGCCACAGGGAGGACCAGCCCCAAAAUCUUCACCUUCGACGGAACAACCCCUACCGCCUUGUCCGUCCCUCAGAAGAAGAAGAGGAAAAGGAGGAGACGGGUGAUGUAUCCCAACAGAGGGAGGCGCCGGGCCCCCCCCAAACCGGCGCGCAGCCGAGCCAAAUACUGCCUCUACCUGCUCUUCGCCAUCGUCUUCGUCCAGGUGUACAACGCUAUAGAGAACCUCGACGACCACGUUCUCAGGUACGACCUGGAGGGGCUGGACAAGACGCUUAGGCGGGAGGUGUUCGGGCAGCAGGGAGCGGUGGAGGGUCUGCUGUCCCACCUGAAGGAAUACCUGUCUACCUACGUCCACAACAAGCCCCUGGUGGUGUCCCUGCACGGCCCCAGCGGAGUGGGAAAAAGCCACUUGGGACGCCUCCUGGCGGGACAUUUCCGCUCAGUGGUGGGGGAGACGCUGGUGCUUCAGUACUACGUCCUCCACCACUGCCCCCAGGAGGCAGACGCCCUGCAGUGCGCCCAAGACCUCUCCGCUCUGAUCUCGGAGAUUGUGGAACGAGCCGAGGAGGAGGAGAAGAUCCCGCUCUUCAUCUUCGACGAGGCCGAGCACAUGCACGGAGAGAUCCUGGACGCGCUGCUGCAACUCGUGUCGUCCAAACAAUCCAACGAGUAUCUGAACGCUAUCUACCUGUUCCUGAGCAACCUGGGGCACUCACACAUCACCAAACAUAUGCUGCACAACUCUUCCAGUACUUCUAUGGCGAAGUCCGGUCGUCAUAGUCACUUUGUAAAAGAGCUGACUCCGAUUUUACGCAACACUCUGGAGAAGCUUCACGUGCUGUGGACAGAGGCGGACAUCUUACCUUUGGGCCUUUUGGAGAAAGGUCAAGUGAUGGAGUGCUUCCUGGAUGAAAUGACUCGAGAGGGCUUCUACCCGGAUCAUACCAACAUAGAGCGCCUAGCGGGGGAGAUUGAAUACUACCCUGAGGUAGGGGGACAUGAGUACUCCCAGACAGGAUGCAAGCAAGUGGUGGCAAAGGUCAACCUGCUGUGAAAUGCUCUGCAGGAAGUCUUGGAUGUUUCACAUUCUUGAAAGCAUGAAGAAAAUUUGCAUGAUAUGUGGGUGAGGUCUAAGGGUUAUGAAACUUGAAUGGCAAAACUCGAAAGCCACUGCUUUCAAGAAAAUAGCAGAGUGAGAAAAUCGCAAAGGGUGUUGAAGAUGUUCCCCUCUGUUGUGGGAAAUGUGGCGUGAAUCCUGUGAAGAGGUUUGAAAACGCCCGGUCAUAUACAGUUAACAGUCCUCAGAGGGUCAGUUCACCGUGAGAAAAAGCUGGUUUUGACUGAAUGAAUGUCAGCUCUCACAUGUAGUUCGGACAUUAAUAUUCCCCUUAGAAUUAAUCGUUAUAACUUUUAUGCUCCCUUACCUUUCGUCUAAUGCCAUCAUCAGAUACAAAGUUUACUUUACAUAAUUCUGUGGCCAAAUAUUUUUGCAAAUGUAUUGACGUUUCCAUCAGAGCAACUGCACUUGGUGGUCUUACUUCCAAUAUUCAAAAUGAUCACCGCAAAUUAAGUUUCACUGAUUUCUAGUAUAAUGAAGUUAAAGGUGGGGUAGGUAAGUUUGAGAAACUGGCUCGAGAUCGCUAGAAUUUGAAAAUACACAACCGGAGAAA